ACUGAAAACGGAAAUGCAUCUACAUAAUAUACACACAGAUCAGGUUAGAUCGUGUUACUCAUGAACACGCAAUUGUGUUGACAAUUCAAUAUUUCAAUGCAAUCUUCACAUGCAACAGCCCAUUUAAAUAUACUAAUUAUAGAUUACUCAGAUAAGUUUUCAUGUUAUCAUCAUCAUCGAAAUAGACACAGACAUGAUCCUCAAUCUUUUUUAAUAUUUUAUAACAACAUCUCUGAUUCAAGUAUAUUCAUUUUUAUCUUGUUCUCAUCACUUUCAUCAACAUAUACAUAAACCAUAAUAUCAGCUUGUAUAUACACACAGAAGAUAUAUACAUACACAACUUGAGUUUCCGUUUUCAAGAAACAAGUAUGGCUUUACUGGGGUCAAGUCAGAUCGUCGGAAACAGCAGUUCCGUGAAGUUUCCGGCGAGUUUUCCGGCGUGGAGGAGGUGUAGUAGCAGAAGAAGUGUUGGGUUUAGAGUUUUUGCAUCUGAAACACAAGGGGAGCCAGAUCUGAGUGUGACUGUAAAUGGGUUGAAUAUGCCUAACCCGUUUGUGAUCGGGUCGGGUCCUCCUGGUACAAACUAUAAGGUGAUGAAGAAAGCUUUUGAUGAAGGAUGGGGUGCUGUCAUUGCAAAAACUGUGUCAUUAGAUGCAGCCAAAGUUGUAAAUGUAACUCCUCGAUAUGCACGAUUGCGAGCAGAUGCAAAUGGCUCAGGCCUAGGCCAGAUAAUUGGGUGGCAGAAUAUUGAACUCAUAAGUGACCGACCUCUAGAAACAAUGUUGCAAGAAUUUAAACAGCUAAAAGAAGAGUAUCCAGAUCGGAUUUUAAUUGCUUCAAUUAUGGAAGAGUGCAACAAAGCUUCCUGGGAGGAACUUAUCGACAGAGUUGAGCAAACUGGAAUAGAUGCCAUUGAGAUCAAUUUUUCAUGUCCCCAUGGUAUGCCAGAGCGUAAAAUGGGUGCGGCUGUGGGUCAAGACUGUGAAUUGUUGGGAGAAGUUUGUGAAUGGAUCAAUGCAAAAGCCACAGUUCCAGUUUGGGCAAAGAUGACCCCCAACAUCACUGAUAUUACAAAGCCAGCAAGGGUUGCUCUGGAAUCAGGAUGUGAAGGCGUAGCUGCUAUAAAUACAAUAAUGAGUGUCAUGGGAAUUAAUCUCAAUACAUUACAUCCUGAACCUUGUGUGGAGGGAUACUCAACUCCUGGGGGCUACUCUGCGAAGGCAGUUCAUCCUAUUGCACUUGCAAAAGUGAUGAGCAUUGCACAAAUGAUGAAAACGGAUUUUACAGAUAAAGAUUAUUCUCUUUCGGCUAUUGGUGGUGUGGAAACAGGUGGUGAUGCUGCUGAAUUUAUUCUUCUUGGAGCAAACACUGUUCAGGUCUGUACUGGUGUAAUGAUGCAUGGUUAUGAUCUUGUAGGAAAGCUCUGCACUGAACUGAAAGAUUUUAUGAAAAUGCACAACUUUUCAUCCAUAGAAGAAUUCAGAGGGAUGUCUCUUCAGUAUUUUACAACCCACACAGAAUUGGUCAGGAUGCAAAAAGAAGCGGUACAGAAGAAAAAGGCAAUGAAAAAAGGACUGGCAUCAGACAAAGACUGGACAGGUGAAGGAUUUGUGAAAGAAAGUGAGAGCAUGGUUUCCAACUGAUCCUGCCACCUUGUAUUAUUAACACAUGGCUCCUCAGACCAGAGAUGGGGGCACUUAAUUUUUAUUUUUUGUUGUGGGAACAGUUGAAAAGUGGUGGCUGGGUGUAGUUGAUCAUCAUGUAUUUGUCAAACUCUUGACUUGGUGGGUGGUGAAUAAUUGUAAGAGAUCCAAAGAAGUUCUCAUAAAUGAAAUAAAGAUGCUUUAUUUGACCUCA